AUGAGCCAGGUGGGUGGCGAAGAUGUAUACACCUGUAUCACCUGCUCGGUGGCGUUCUACACGGCGCUGGAGCAGCGUGAUCACUUCCGCUCCGACCUGCAUCGCUACAACAUGAAGCGUCGCGUGGCGAAUCUGACGCCGGUGUCUGCUGCCGUAUUCAAUGCCAAGAUCCUUGAGCGCCGUGCCGCUAUGGAGUCGUCCGAGAAGGCGACACAGGAAGACACCGGGCGCUGUCACGUUUGUCGGAAAUCUUUUGCCUCUCAGAAUGCUUACCGUGACCACAUGCAGUCGCGUAAGCACCGUGACAUGGUGCAGAAGCAGGCAAAGGUCAGCCCGUCGGCGCCGACCAGCGAUGCUCUGGGCGACGUGGGCGCUGUGCGCGAUGCGCUGCCCAAAGAGGAAGACGAAGAGGAAGAAGAUGACGACGAAGAUGACGAAGAGGCCCGCAUGGAGCGUGCGAUCCAGCGCAAGCUCGCCAAGGCGCGGCGUAUCGACCCGGCCACUGAGUGCAUGUUCUGCAGUGAGUCGCAGACAUCGCUGGAGGCAAGUGUGCAGCACAUGCAGCAUGCUCACGGCUUUUUUGUGCCUGAGCGUAAGUACCUGACUGAUUUGGAUGGACUACUGCGUUACUUGGCCGAUAAGGUGUCGGUGGGUAACGUGUGUCUAUGGUGUAAUGGCCGUGGCCGUGGAUUCCAUGACUUGGGAGCCGUGCAGAAGCAUAUGUUGGACAAGUCGCAUUGCAAGGUGGCUUACGACUCGCAAGAAGACCAGUUGGAGCUGAGUGACUUUUACGACUUCCGCAGCAGUUAUGCGGACUAUAGAAAGAAGGAUGACUGGGAAGACGUCUCCGACGAUACAAGCGACGACAAUGAAGAGUCUGUGUGGGAGGAGGUUAGCGACGAAGAAAGCGACGAUAUACCCGAAGACAACGGCAUCCGAUAUGGAGACUCGGAGUUGGAGCUGGUGCUACCCUCGGGGGCGCGCCUCGGUCACCGCUCGCUGCAGCGCUACUACCGCCAGACGCUGUGGCAGACGCCUGCAUCCCAACAAGCACCUGCAUCUGCUGCAAAUGGGCGUGCAUUGGCGCACCGUAUCGCUGGUCAUCCGCAGCGUCCUGUGGUCACGGCUCGCGGCGGCCAAGAGAUGGCCGUGCGCAACCGCGGCGAGGCUAAGGAAGCGAUGCGGCACGUGCGCGAAGUCCGCGAUGUCCAGCGGCGCGAGCUGUUCAAAACCAAGGUGGGCUUCCGCCACAACCACCAAAAGCAUUACCGCGACCCGCUGCUGCAGUAG